AUGGAGGGUACUAAAUGGAACUACUACGGAACCAUAUGGUUUACGGUCCGGCCAAGCACCAACUUCGCCUUUGGCGUUGUGGCAAUGGGUCUUCAUCGGCUCCUGCCUGAGUGGUGGAAUGAAGGCCUCGACCUUCCCUCAUUGGUAAAUAAGGGUGGCUUGAGUCUGCUGCAAAUUGCCACCUAUCAUGGCCACUACGACGUCUGUCAAUUCCUCAUCAGUCGGGAAUGUGACAUCAACUUUGUUGGCAACGGAGGCAUAGGCUCUCCACUAUGGAUAUCACUACACCACCGGAAAAUUGAUGUCAUGAAGCUGCUCCUCAAGAACGAUGCAAACAUGGACUGCGUCCUCGAAGGCACAACUCUGGCUUGCCUUGCAGCGGGAAAUGGAUCUGAGUACUGCACCACUCUACUAAAGAAAGGCCUGGAUCCCAACGCGAAGUGUAAUGCCGAUUGUACCGAUGAUAUCGAUGCUAUAUGGGAGUGCGAAUUCGGUUGUGCCCUGUCGAUGGCUGCUAGUAAGGGCGAUCUCGACACCAUAAAAGCCCUGAUUGGCAAGGGAGCAGAAGUCAAUCCGGAGAACCUCAAAGACGGCGAUGGAAGCCCUUUGGCUUCUGCCGUAUCCCGUGGCCGUUUUGAAAGUGCUCGCUUUCUUUUGGAAAACGGUGCAAAUGUCAACGACCAGUUCAGAUACGGGAACUAUGGCUGUCCUUUGAUUGCUGCUAUAUGCAGUAGGGAGCCCGAAUGUGUCCGCCUUCUCCUAGAGCACAAAGCCGAUGUCAACGCCACGCCGGAAGCUGGUAGAUAUGGCAGCCCCUUGGCAGCUGCUGUAUCGAUGAGAGACAUGAAUUGUGCUCGCAUCUUGAUUGAACUUGGCGCUGACACCAACGCAGAUUUGAGGGCUGGAAUAUAUGGCAGCCCCUUGGCAGCUGCUGUAUCGAUGGGAGAAAUGGACCGUGUUCAGUUACUGAUUCAACACGGCGCUGAAGUCAAUGCAUAUCUGGAGUUCGGAAACUAUGGCAGUAUUCUGGCUGCUGCAAUUCUCGGGCGUCCCUGGCAUGAGCAGUCUCUGUCUAUGAUCAAGUUUCUUGUUGAAGAAGCAGAGGCGGAUUUGGCUCAGCUUACCUUUGACAACAAGGGAAAAGCGACGCGGAAGUAUCGACGGGGCAAUGAGGCAAAGAAUUAG